GUAAAUCCAUCAAAUCAACUUAGUUUUUCGACUCAGGCGGCAUAGCCCUUCGGAGAGUUAGAGCAAAUUGAAACUGAGAUAAAUUCAAUGUGUUUAAAUUUUCCAGGUCUUUUAUAUUAAAUCUUAAUUAUUAUAGCCAAAGCCAAGAACACGGUGAAAUAAGGAAUUGAACGCCGUUCAAAUGGCAGAGCUUUUGUGCCGUGAAAAGGAACUGUUCAAAAUUAACCAGGAACUUAACCUGCUGUCUCUUACCUCCGCUGCCGAUGCCAUGUUUCCAGGCAAGCCUUCGCCUGCCGCCUGCGCAGCGGCACCGGCACGAUAUGCCACCUUCCAGAAGCAGAAAGGUCCGAGCACCCUGCUCCGUAAGAAGAACGCAGUUACGUCCCAGGCGAAGCAGACACCUAUAGCUCCGUCGGGCAGGGAUGCGGCCGCCGCCGCCGCUGUUGUCAUGGCCCGAGCGGUGGCCACAUCGCCACCGCCUGAUGCAUGUCUGCUGACCAAGUCAAAGGCGCCCGAUUGGAGAAACACCAAAACCGUGGGCGCGGCCGCUGCAUCACCCCCAGGCAACCGUGCAGUGCCCAAGUUCAGCACUUAUACGCGGGAUGUGAGCAGCAAGACGGCCACGUAUGUCAAAUACCGGAAUCCCAAUUUCAGCGAGAGCCCCUCUCUGGACAUGCUGCUGCGGAACGGCGCUGAAGACGCCACCAGGAACGAUGUUGUCGAGGUGGAGGUCACCCAGAAGCGGGAGAGCACCACCGUGGUGAAUGGCCAGGCCAAAAAGCAACUCACUCAAGACAAUUUCAUCAAAUUCCUGAAGGCCAAGGUGGCCAUUCUUGAGGAAGACCAUGCCCAGCAUGCCUCCGAGCUGGCCCGCCAAAAGGAGCAGCUCGAAAAAGCCCUAGAGGCGCAGCGUAAGUCGGAGCAUCAGCGCGACCAGACGCUGAACGCCAACAAGCACCUGACCGAGCAGCUGAUUCGGACUGAGCGGCAGUGCGAAGACUCUAGUCGCCGGCAGAAGGAGCGCCAGCAAGAGUUCACCAGCCAGCAACGAGAAUUGGAGCAGCUGAAACGGGAGAGUAAAGUGGCCAGGCAAACGAACGUGAAUCUGGAGAACCGCCUGUCCCGCGCCCAGGAGGAUGCAGACACUGUUCGCCUGGAGCUCAAGAAGUUGCGCGAGGAGCAGCGCGAGCAGUUGGACGUCCAGCGCAAGGAGCUGAAGCAGCGGGACAGCCGGAUCCGGGCGCUGAAGCGGCAGCGGAACGACCUGCUCAACGCCUACAAGAAGCAGCUGUACAUGAUCGACAACCUGAAGCGGCAGACUAACUGCAUGGAGCAGUCGGCGGCCAUCGGAUUUGGCGAGAAGGAGUUCAACAAGGUGCUAGACUGGAAUUCCAAGACGUGAACCCCACUUGUCCAUGGAUAGUAGUGUAGCCUAAGUUAAUACAAUGUAAAUAUGUUAAGUGGAAUGUAAUUACAUUUGAUAGUCUCUCACGCGAAAAA